AUGGAUUGCCUGAAUAUUCGUUAUUCCAUACCAGAAGAGAUGGAAGAAGGAACCAUAAUAGGAAAUAUGGCCUCUGCUAUUGGGCUUAAUGUUGCAAGUCUAUCUAAGAGGAAGCUUCAGCUUGCUUUGGGUUCUGAGAAGGAAUAUUUAAAUAUUAACGAGUCGAACGGCAAUGUAUUCAUUAAGGAGAAAAUCGACCGGGAAUUUAUAUGUGCCUUUAAAACUGUUUGCGUAAUCAGUACAGAGGUUGUCAUUAAAGACCCUUUUCAAAUAUUCGGCCUUGAAGUGGAAAUCUUAGAUGUGAAUGACAACGCCCCUAAAUUUCCAUCCGACUUGACACAGAUAAAUAUAUCGGAAUCUGAUUUGCAAGCUGAAAAAUUUUUUCUAAUGAAAGCUGUGGAUCCCGAUGUUGGCAAUAAUUCGGUAUGUACUUAUACACUCAAUGAAAACCCUUUUUUUGAAGUGUAUACGGAUGAGUCGAAUUUUGCGUAUUUGGUAAUUAAGAAUGCGUUAGAUAGAGAAAUUCAAGCGAUGCACAAUUUAGUCCUAACCGCUACUGACUGUGGAAUCCCUAGACUAUCGGGGUCUGUUAAUAUCACCGUGACUGUUCUUGAUAUAAAUGAUAACGCUCCCAUUUUUAAUCAACACGUUUAUGAAGUGAACGUUAAUGAAAAUGCAGUAGUAGGAGUAAUAGUUACUAAAUUAAAAGCGUCAGACAAAGACGAAGGCCUAAAUGCAGAAUUAAGAUAUUCAUUUAAUGCGCACACAGCCCAGCUCGUAAGGGAAACGUUUUCUUUGCAUCAAAAAACUGGUGAAAUCACAGUCCGUGGAACUUUAGACUUUGAAAAGGUGAAAUAUUACGAAUUUUACGUUCAGGCAACGGACAUUGGACCAAAUCCAAUAUCAGGACACUGUAAAAUAUUAAUACACGUUCGAGACAUUAAUGACAACUUUCCAGAAAUUAUCAUUAGGUCUAUUAUGACGUCAAUCCUGGAGAAUAUCCCUCCAGGUACCGAAAUAGCGCUUUUUAGCGUUAAGGAUUUGGACAGUGAAGAAAACGGAAAGGUAGACUGCUAUAUUUCAGAGAAUUCAGAUUUCCAGCUUCAGCAGACAACAGAAAAUUAUUACGCACUUAUGACAUCUCAGCCUAUGGAUCGAGAAACCAAUCCUAGAUAUAAUAUCACCAUAGUGGUUAAAGAUAAAGGAAGCCCUCCUUUGUCAAAUAGUACAACCAUAUCAAUAAAUCUAAUUGAUGUAAAUGACAAUCCGCCACGGUUUAUAUAUGAUUCAUAUAAAAUUACUGUUUUAGAAAAUAAUAUCCCUGGUUCACUGCUGUGUUCUAUAACUGCCAAUGACCCUGAUGACAAGGAAAACAGUGUUCUUAACUAUUCAUUUCAGAAUGAUGGAGACACCAAUAUGACAUUAAGAUUAUUUUCCAUUAACCAGGACAAUGGUAAUAUUUAUGCACUACAAUCUUUUGAUUAUGAAAAGGACAUAUCUUUUAUAUUUCAAGUUGAGGCUAUUGACUCAGGCUAUCCUCCACUAAGCAGCAGUGUAACAGUCACCAUAACCAUUCUUGACGAAAACGAUAACACUCCGAUUAUUGUUUCCCCUUGGCGACCACAUGGCUCUGUAGCGUCAGAGAUGAUACCUAGCUUUGCUGAAGAAGGAUAUCUAGUUACUAAAGUAAUAGCAAUUGAUGAGGAUUCAGUGCAAAAUUCAAGAAUUACCUACCAACUGCUUCAAAUUACUGACCAGACCUUGUUCACGCUUGAUCGAUACAAUGGUGAACUUCGAACCAGAAGACGCCUUGGCCAUAGGGACUCUUCCAAACAAAGGUUAGUCAUCCAAGCCAAGGACAAUGGAAGUCCUUCUCUUUCAUCGACUGUCACAAUAUUCAUAUCAAGAUUGAAUCCAGAUUCACAAAGUCUGCUAACUUCCAAUGAUGAGAUUAUGGAGCCAGAUAACUUUUUAUCUUUAAAUAUGUAUUUGAUUAUUGGACUAGCUGUUGUUUCUUUGAUAUUCCUUCUCACUCUAAUAAUCCUUUUAAGUGUUAAAUGCCAUCGCAGUCCAGUUCAAAACAACCAAAAACCUCCACAUAACAUAAACUGUUACAACCAAAGGAAUUCAGUGAUCUCUGAACUGCCUGCGAAUUCAACGCUGAUUUCUAGUGAUGCCUACUGGCACAGCGUGCUUUUAGCGGAAUCAAGAAAAGGAAAGAUGCUUGUGAGGCGGUCCAUACCCGAUGGAUCUGGCUUUAUCAUCUCAAGUUUAGAGAGGAACUUGGGACAGGGAGCAGUAACAGACAUGUACCAAACACCAGUGGAGAAAUUUUAUUUUACAUUAUUUGGAGAGGCAUCUCUGAGGGCAGAGUGGUGGCUCAGAGGCUAUGAAUCUGAGCUGGUAUCUGGAAGCAAUGGGGCUAUCACUUCAGUGGUUUUUGAUGUCUUCGAAUUAAAUGGUCAGAUUGGUUUUCUGAUUGAGAACAUUUUUGGAGAUUGUGUGAAUAUUCGCUAUUCUACACCAGAAGAAAUGGAAGAAGGAACAAUAAUAGGCAAUAUAGCUUCAGACAUUGGACUAAAUGCUGCUAGUCUGUCUAAAAGAAAGCUUCAGCUUGCUUUCGGACCCUGGAAGCAAUAUUUGAAUGUUAACGAGUCAAACGGAAAUUUAUUCAUCAAGGAGAAAAUCGACAGGGAAUUCAUAUGCGCAUUUAAACCGGACUGCUCAAUCAAUAUGGAGGCUGUUCUUAAAGACCCCUUUCAGAUAUUCGACAUUGAAGUGGAAAUAUUGGAUGUAAAUGACAACGCUCCGAAAUUUUCCCACCCCUCGACUCGGAUAAACAUUUCAGAAUCUGCUUUGCAAGGGGAAAGAUUUUUACUGAUGAAAGCCGAGGAUCCCGAUGUUAGCAAUAAUACGGUAUGUAGUUAUUCGUUAAAUGAAAAUUCAUAUUUUGACACGUGGAAAGAUAGUUCUCAUGUCGUGUAUUUGGUUAUUAAGAACACAUUAGAUAGAGAAAUACAAUCGUCACACAAUUUACUAUUAACCGCCGUGGACUGUGGAUUCCCUCAAUUGUCGGGCACUGUUAAAAUCACAGUGUUUGUUCUUGAUGCAAAUGACAAUCCUCCAGUAUUUGAAAAAGAAGUCUAUGAAGUGAACGUAAUUGAAAAUGCAGAAAUAGGAACAAUUGUUACCAAACUAAAAGCGUCAGACAAAGACGAGGGACGAAAUGCAGAAUUAAGAUAUUCAUUUAAGGCACACACUGCGCAAGAAAUUCUUCAGCCUUUCUCUUUACAUCCCAUAACUGGUGAAAUCAGUGUCAAUGGAGCAUUAGACUUUGAACAAAGGAAAUAUUAUGAAUUUUAUGUUCAAGCAAGAGACAUCGGGCCUAGUCCAUUAGCAGGGCUCUGUAAAAUAAUAAUACACGUUAAGGACAGCAAUGAUAACUACCCAGAAAUCAUCAUUACUUCAAUUUUGACGUCAGUCCUGGAGAAUGUACCUCUGGGUACAGAAAUCGCUCUUUUCAGCAUUAAGGAUCUCGAUUCGGGGGACAAUGGAAAAGUGGACUGUUAUGUCUUAGAGAAUUCUGAUUUUCAGCUUCAGCAGAGGACGGAUAACUAUUACGCGCUUAUAACAUCACAUUCCAUGGAUCGGGAAACGAAUCCUAGCUAUAAUAUAACAAUUAUGGUUAAAGAUAAGGGUACUCCUCCGUUGUCUAAUAUUAGAAAAAUAACCAUAGAUCUUAUAGAUGUCAACGAUAACCCACCGUUGUUUUCAUACAAUACCUAUAAAAUUUCUUUUUCAGAAAAUAACAUCCCGGGAUCUCUGGUUUGUACUUUAACUGCCAAUGAUCCUGAUGCAAAGGAAAACAGUGUUCUUAAAUACUCAAUUCUUAAAGGUGAAAAUGAAAAUAGGACAUUGUCAGAACUAUUUUCCAUUAACCAGGACAAUGGAAAUAUUUAUGCACUGCAAUCUUUUGAUUAUGAAAUGGAGACAUCUUUUACAUUUCGAGUUGAGGCGACAGAUUCGGGCAAUCCUCCACUGAGCAGCAGUGUAACAGUCACCAUAACUGUUCUUGAUGUAAAUGAUAACUCUCCCAUCAUUGUUUCUCCUUGGAGACCACAUGGCUCUGUAGCCACUGAGAUGAUACCAAGCUUUGCUGAAGAAGGACAUCUAGUUACAAAAAUAAUAGCAAUUGAUGAUGAUUCUGUGCAAAAUUCAAGAAUUACCUACCAUCUACUUCAGAUAACUGAUCAGACACUGUUCACUUUAGAUAAAUACAAUGGUGAACUUCGAAUGAGAAGACGGUUGGGUCAUAGGGAUUCGUCCAAACAAAGACUGGUCAUCCAAGCCCAAGAUAAUGGAAAUCCUUCACUUUCAUCCACUGUCACCAUCCUCAUAUCAAAACUUGAUCCAGCAUCAAAAAGCCUGCAAGCCCAGAAGGAUGAGGUUGUGGAGCCAGAAAACUUUUUAUCAUUAGAUAUGUAUUUGAUUGUUGGACUAGCUGGAGCAUCUUUUAUAUUUCUACUAAUUCUGAUAAUCCUUAUUGUUUGUAAAUGUCAUAAUAGUCCCCAGGGUGAAAACAGUCAAAAAUCUGCAAAUAACAUAAACUGUUACAACCAAAGGAAUUCAGUGAUCUCUGAGCUGCCUGCAAAUUCAACACUAAUUUCUAGUGAUGCCUACUGGCACAGCGUGCUUUUAGCAGAAUCAAGAAAAGGAAAAAUGCUUGUGAGGCGGUCCAUACCUGAUGGAUCUGGAUUUAUCAUCUCAAGUUUAGAAAGAAAUUUGGGACAGGGAGGAGUAAAUAACAUGUGCCAAACACCAGUGGAGUUGGAUUGCCUGCAUAUUCGCUAUUCUACACCAGAAGAAAUGGAAGAAGGAACAGUCAUAGGCAAUAUAGCUUCUGACAUUGGGCUAAAUGCUGCUAAUCUAUCUAAAAGGAAGCUACAGCUUGCUUUCGGUCCCUGGAAGCAAUAUUUGAAUGUUAACGAGUCAAACGGAAAUUUAUUUAUUAAGGAGAAAAUCGACCGGGAAUUCAUAUGCGCGUUUAAACCAGAGUGCGUUAUUAAUAUGGAGGCUGUUGUUAAAGAUCCCUUUCAGAUAUUCGGCAUUGAAGUGGAAAUAUUGGAUGUAAAUGACAACGCUCCGAAAUUUUCACUCGCCUCAACUCAGAUAAACAUUUCAGAAUCUGCUUUGCAAGGAGAAAAUUUUUUACUGAUGAAAGCCGUGGAUCCUGAUGUUGGAAAUAAUACGGUAUGUAAUUAUGCACUAAAUGAAAAUUCAUAUUUUGACACGUGGAAAGAUAGUUCGCAUUUCCUCAAUUUGGUAAUUAAGCGCACAUUAGACAGAGAAAUACAAGCGUCACACAAUUUACUAUUAAGUGCCACGGACUGUGGAAUCCCUCAAUUGUCGGGCUCUGUUAAAAUAACGGUGUUUGUUCUUGAUACAAAUGACAAUCCUCCAGUAUUUGAUAAACAAAUCUACGAAGUGAACGUUAUCGAAAAUACAGCAAUAGGAACAAUUGUUACCAUAUUAAAAGCGUCAGACAAAGACGAGGGCCUGAAUGCAGAAUUAAGAUAUUCUUUUAAAGCACACACUGCAGAAGAAAUACUUCAGCCUUUCACUUUAAACCCCAUAACAGGUGAAAUCAGUGUCAACGGACCAUUAGACUUUGAAAUGAUAAGAAAUUAUGAAUUAUAUGUUGAAGCCAAAGACAUCGGGCCUACUCCAUUAGCUGGGCAUUGCAAAAUAAUAAUAUACGUUAAGGACAGCAAUGAUAACUACCCAGAAAUCAUCAUUACUUCAAUUAUGACGUCAGUCCUGGAGAAUGUACCCCUGGGAACAGAAAUCGCUCUUUUUAGCAUUAAGGAUCUCGACUCGGGUGACAAUGGAAAGGUGGACUGUUAUGUCUUAGAGAAUUCUGAUUUUCAACUUCAGCAGACGACGGAAAACUAUUACGCGCUUGUAACAUCACACCCCAUGGAUCGGGAAACGAAUCCUAGCUAUAAUAUUACAAUAGUGGUUAAGGAUAAGGGUACACCUCCCUUGUCCAAUCGUAGAAAAAUAACCAUAGAUCUUAUAGAUGUCAAUGAUAAUCCACCGUUGUUUUCAUACGAUACCUAUAGAAUUUCUGUUUCAGAAAAUAACAUCCCGGGAUCUCUGGUUUGUACUUUAACUGCCAAUGAUCCUGAUGCAAAGGAAAACAGUGUUCUUAAAUACUCAAUUCUUAAACGUGAAAAUGAACAUAGAACAUUGUCAGAACUAUUUUCCAUUAAUCAGGAAAAUGGGAAUAUUUAUGCACUGCAAUCUUUUGAUUAUGAAAAGGAGACAUCUUUUACUUUUCAAGUCGAAGCCACAGACUCGGGAAAUCCUCCACUGAGCAGCAGUGUAACAGUCACCGUAACUGUUCUUGAUAUAAAUGACAACACUCCCAUCAUUGUUUCUCCUUGGCGACCACAUGGCUCUUUAGCCACUGAGAUGAUACCAAGCUUUGCUGAAGAAGGAUUUCUAGUUACAAAAAUAAUAGCAAUUGAUGAUGAUUCUGUGCAAAAUUCAAGAAUUACCUACCAUCUGCUUCAGAUAACUGAUCAGACACUGUUCACUUUAGAUAAAUACAAUGGUGAACUUCGAAUGAGAAGACGGUUGGGUCAUAGGGAUUCGUCCAAACAAAGACUGGUCAUCCAAGCCCAAGAUAAUGGAAAUCCUUCACUUUCUUCCACUGUUACCAUCCUCAUAUCAAAACUUGAUCCAGCAUCAAAAAGCUUGCUAGCCCAGAAGGAUGAGGUUGUGGAGCCGGAUAACUUUUUAUCAUUAGAUAUGUAUUUAAUUGUUGGACUAGCUGGAGCAUCUUUUAUAUUCCUCCUAACUGUGAUAAUCCUUAUUGUUUGUAAAUGUCAUCGUACUCCGCAGGGUGAAAACAGUCAAAAAUCUCCAAAUAAUAUAAACUGUUACAACCAAAGGAAUUCAGUGAUCUCUGAGCUGCCUGCAAAUUCAACGCUGAUUUCUAGUGAUGCCUACUGGCACAGCGUGCUUUUAGCAGAAUCAAGAAAAGGAAAAAUGCUUGUGAGGCGGUCCAUACCCGAUGGAUCUGGCUUUAUCAUCUCAAGUUUAGAGAGGAACUUGGGACAGGGAGGAGUAAAUGACAUGUGCCAAACACCAGUGGAGUUGCCGUGUUUCUCUUUAUUUUCGGAUAUGGAUAAAAUUCUGUUCCUCUUCAUUAUAUUUUCCACAAUAUGCGAGUUGGAUUGCCUGCAUAUUCGCUAUUCUACACCAGAAGAAAUGGAGGAAGGAACAGUCAUAGGCAAUAUAGCUUCUGACAUUGGGCUAAAUGCUGCUAAUCUGUCUAAACGGAAGCUUCAGCUUGCUUUCGGUCGCUGGAAACAGUACCUGAAUUUUAACGAGUCAAAUGGAAAUUUAUUUAUCAAGGAGAAAAUCGACCGGGAAUUCAUAUGCGCGUUUAAACUAGAGUGCGUUAUUAAAAUGGAGGCUGUUAUUAAAGAUCCCUUUCAGAUUUUCGGUAUUGAAGUGGAGAUAUUGGAUGUAAACGACAACACUCCGAAAUUUUCACUCGCCUCGACUCAGAUAAACAUUUCAGAAUCUGCUUUGCAAGGGGAAAGAUUUUUACUGAUGAAAGCCGACGAUCCCGAUGUUGGCAAUAAUACGGUAUGUAAUUAUGUUCUGAAUGAAUAUUCAUAUUUCGACACAUGGAAAGAUAGUUCGCAUUUCGUGUAUCUGGUAAUUAAAAACUCUUUAGAUCGAGAAAUUCAAGCAUCAUACAAUUUAGUCUUAACCGCCACGGACUGUGGAAUCCCUCAAUUGUCGGGCUCUGUUAAAAUCACGGUGUUUGUUCUUGAUGCAAAUGACAAUCCUCCACUAUUUGAUAAGCAAAUCUAUGAAGUGAACGUUAGCGAAGACGCAGCAAUAGGAUCAAUUGUUAUCAAAUUAAAAGCGUCAGACAAAGACGAGGGUCUGAAUGCAGAAUUAAGAUAUUCAUUUAAUGCACAUACAGCACAAACAAUACUUCAGACUUUCAUUUUACACCCCAAAUCUGGAGAAAUCACUGUCAAUGAAGUAUUGGAUUUUGAAAAUAUCAAAAGUUACGAAUUUUAUGUUCAAGCAAAAGACAUCGGGCCUAGUCCAUUAGCAGGGCUUUGUAAAAUAAUAAUAUACGUUAAGGACAGCAAUGAUAACUACCCAGAAAUCAUCAUUACUUCAAUUUUGACGUCAGUCCUGGAGAAUGUACCCCUGGGAACAGAAAUCGCUCUUUUCAGCAUUAAGGAUCUCGACUCGGGGGACAAUGGAAAGGUGGACUGUUAUGUCUUAGAGAAUUCUGAUUUUCAGCUUCAGCAGACAACGGAAAACUAUUACGCACUUAUAACAUCACAUCUCAUGGAUCGGGAAACGAAUCCUAGCUAUAAUAUAACAAUAAUGGUUAAGGAUAAAGGUACUCCUCCGUUGUCUAAUCUUAGAAAAAUAACCAUAGAUCUUAUAGAUGUCAACGAUAACCCACCGUUGUUUUCAUACAAAACCUAUAGAAUUUCUGUUUCAGAAAAUAACAUCCCGGGAUCUCUGCUUUUUACUUUAACUGCCAAUGACCCUGAUGCAAAGGAAAACAGUGUUCUUAACUACUCAAUUGUUAAAGGUGAAAGUGAAAAUAGGGCAUUGUCAGAACUAUUCUCCAUUAACCGGGACAAUGGGAAUAUUUAUGCACUGCAAUCUUUUGAUUAUGAAAAGGAGACAUCUUUUACUUUUCAAGUCGAAGCCACAGACUCGGGAAAUCCUCCACUGAGCAGCAGUGUAACAGUCACCGUAACUGUUCUUGAUAUAAAUGACAACACUCCCAUCAUUGUUUCUCCUUGGCGACCACAUGGCUCUUUAGCCACUGAGAUGAUACCAAGCUUUGCUGAAGAAGGAUUUCUAGUUACAAAAAUAAUAGCAAUUGAUGAUGAUUCUGUGCAAAAUUCAAGAAUUACCUACCAUCUACUUCAGAUAACUGAUCAGACACUGUUCACUUUAGAUAAAUACAAUGGUGAACUUCGAAUGAGAAGACGGUUAGGUCAUAGGGAUUCGUCCAAACAAAGACUGGUCAUCCAAGCCCAAGAUAAUGGAAAUCCUUCACUUUCAUCUACUGUCACCAUUCUCAUAUCAAGAUUUGAAUCAGAGUCAAAAAGCUUGCUAGCCCAGAAUGAUGACGUUGUGGAGACGGAUAACUUUUUAUCGUUAGAUAUGUAUUUAAUUGUUGGACUAGCUGGAGCUUCCUUUAUAUUCCUCCUAACUCUGAUAAUCCUUAUUGUUUGCAAAUGUCAUCAUACUCCGCAGGGUGAAAACAGUCAAAAAUCUGCAAAUAAUGUAAACUGUUACAACCAAAGGAAUUCAGUGAUCUCUGAGCUGCCUGCAAAUUCAACGCUGAUUUCUAGUGAUGCCUACUGGCACAGCGUGCUUUUAGCAGAAUCAAGGAAAGGAAAAAUGCUUGUGAGGCGGUCCAUACCCGAUGGAUCUGGCUUUAUCAUUUCAAGUUUAGAGAGGAACUUGGGACAGGGAGGAGUAAAUGACAUGUGCCAAACACCAGUGGAGCAAUGUGAAGAUCUUGUAGGUACUGUUUCAACAAAAUAUCCUCCAUCAAUACUGCAUCCUGAUUGCCUUUUUACCAUUUCAGUGCUGUUUUUCGGAUUUUUAUCAGACAUGAAAAAAAUACUAAUUCUGUUUAUAUUAUUAUCCAAAAUAUGCCGUAUGGAUACUGUUGACAUGCGCUAUUCUAUACCAGAGGAAAUGGAAGAAGGAACUGUUAUAGGAAAUAUGGCUUCAGAUAUUGGGCUGAAUACUGCUAACCUGUCGAAACGAAAGCUUCAGCUUGCUCUGGGUUCUGGGAAGCAAUAUUUAAAUAUUAACGAGUCCAACGGAAAUGUAUUCAUUAAAGAGAAAAUCGACCGGGAGUUUAUAUGCGCAUUUAAACCGGACUGCUUUAUUAAUAUGGAAGUUGUAAUGAGGGACCCUUUUGAAAUAUUCGGCAUUGAAGUCGAGAUAUUGGAUGUAAAUGACAACGCUCCUAAAUUUUCAUUCACCUCGACUCAAAUAAACAUUUCAGAAUCGGCUUUACAAGGGGAAAAAUUUUUACCAAUGAAAGCUAUGGAUCCAGAUGUUGCCAAUAAUUCGGUAUGUAGUUAUGCACUAAAUGAAAAUUCAUAUUUUGACAUAUGGAAAGAUAGAUCGAAUUUCGCGUAUUUGGUAAUUAAGAAUGCAUUAGACAGAGAAAUGCAAGCAGUACAUCGCUUACUUCUAAUAGCUGUAGACUGUGGAAUCCCUAAACUGUCGGGCUCAGUGAAUAUCACAGUAAUUGUGCUUGAUGCAAAUGACAACGCUCCCACGUUUAAUAAAGAAAUUUACGAAGUGAAUAUUAACGAAAACGCACCAAUCGGCACAGUUGUUACUAAACUAAAAGCGUCGGACAAUGACGAGGGUCUCAAUGCAGAACUACGAUAUUCGUUUAAUCCUCACACAGCCAGAGAAGUACUGGAAACUUUCAUGUUGCAUCCCAAAACUGGUGAAAUCAGUGUUCGUGGGGUAUUAGACUUUGAAACGAUCAAAUACUUUGAAUUUUAUAUUCAAGCUAAAGAUAUCGGGCAUAUCCCAUUAGAAGGGCUCUGCAAAAUUAUAAUACACGUCACGGAUUGCAAUGAUAAUCAUCCAGAAAUCAUCAUCACCUCCAUUAUGACGUCAGUCCUGGAGAAUGUACCCGUGGGUACAGAAAUCGCUCUUUUCAGCAUUAAGGAUCUCGACUCGGGAGACAAUGGAAAAGUGGACUGUUAUGUUUCAGAGAAAUCCGAUUUUUCCCUUAAGCAGACGACAGAAAACUAUUAUGCUCUUAUCACAUCAGAGCCUAUGGAUCGAGAAACCAACCCUAGCUAUAAUAUUACCAUAAUGGUUAAGGAUAAAGGGAUGCCACCUUUGACUACAAGUAGAAUAAUUUCUAUAAAUCUUAUUGAUGUAAACGAUAAUCCACCACUCUUUUUACAUGAUUCAUAUAAGAUUUCUGUUUCAGAAAAUAAUAUACCAGGCUCAAUGCUGUGUUCUAUAUCUGCCAAUGACCCUGAUGCAAUGGAAAACAGUGUUAUUAAAUACUCACUUUAUAAUGAUGGAAAUGUGAACAUGACAUUAUUAAAAUUAUUUUCCAUUAACCAGGACAAUGGGAAUAUUUAUACACUGCAAUCUUUUGAUUAUGAAAAGGAGACAUCUUUUACAUUUCAAGUUGAGGCGAUAGACUCGGGCAAUCCUCCACUGAGCAGCAGUGUAACAGUCACCAUAACUGUUCUUGAUGUAAAUGAUAACUCUCCCAUCAUUGUUUCUCCUUGGCGACCACAUGGCUCUGUAGCCUCUGAGAUGAUACCAAGCUUUGCUGAAGAAGGACAUCUAGUUACAAAAAUAAUAGCAAUUGAUGAUGAUUCUGUACAAAAUUCACGAAUUACCUACCAUUUACUUCAGAUAACUGAUCAGACACUGUUUAGCUUAGAUCGAUACAAUGGUGAACUGCGAACCAGACGACGUCUUGGUCAUAGGGAUUCACCCAAACAAAGGCUGGUCAUCCAAGCCCAGGAUAAUGGAAAUCCUUCACUUUCAUCUACUGUCACCAUCCUUAUUUCAAGAUUUGAUCCAGAAUCAAAAAGUCUGCUAGCAGUGAAUGAUGAGGUUGUAGAGGUGGAAAACGUUUUGUCAUUCGAUAUGUAUUUAAUUAUUGGACUUGCUGCUGUUUCUUUUAUUUUCCUACUAACUCUGAUAAUCCUUGUAAUUUGUAAAUGUCAUCAAAGUUCCCAGGGUGAAAACAGUCAAAAGUCUUCAAACAACAUGAACUGUUAUAACCAAAGGAAUUCAGUGAUCUCUGAGCUGCCUGCAAAUUCAACGCUGAUUUCUAGUGAUGCCUACUGGCACAGCGUGCUUUUAGCACAAUCAAGAAAAGGAAAGAUGCUUGUGAGGCGGUCCAUACCUGAUGGAUCUGGCUUUAUCAUCUCAAGUUUAGAGAGGAAUCCAGAACAGGGAACAUUAAAUGCCAUGUGUCAAACACCAGUAGAGGAGACGAACAGAGGAUUCCCCUGAUGUCAGCUUUGCAGAUGAAACGUCAAUGGGAUAAUUGGAUUGGACCAGCCACGAAAAAGCAUCAUUUGAGGAAAAAACUGCACUGAAGAUAUGUAAAGUGUGUUGUCUUGCACAGAAAUGUUCACAUCUCCUGCAUCAUAUGCUUUUGCAGUUCCCUGAUAUCAAGUAGAACUGUCACCUAAAGUAUUCUAACAUAGUGUGAGGCACAGCUAACAGACAUGCUCCAAGUCCUGGUCAAGUCUUUUGAUAUCUUGUUAUCAUUUUAGGAUCUAAACUUUAUCCUUUGUUAAUUUUUGAUUAUGUUGUUUAUGUUGAUUGUCUUUUAAUAGUUAUUAAGGAAUAUUGAUUAUGGUGUGCUGUAAUCCCCUUCUGUUAUUCUUCUGGUCUUCCAUAUUUUACCCACUUCUUAUGCAACAUUUUUAGAUUUUUUAACCAAUGCAAUGAUGAAUUUCCUUAUUACCAAGCCACUGUAGAUCAAUUUAUAUUACAUCUAGACCAGCUGUAUAAUAGAAGCUUCUAUUUGU